AUAUGCUUCUGCGCCACUGUGAUAGCAGCCUGUAUACGAGUGGACGCGUUGAGUGUACUCUAUCUCCUCCUGAUGCUCAUAUUCCUCUUCACUCAUCGACGCGAUAUCUGCUCACGUCUCUGGCCAGCAUACAUGACCCUCCUAGGCACUCUCCUUGUCAUUCAAUACGCCGCCUGCUCGCAAAUCCCCUCCAUUCUCGUUGAAUCUCUGCCCUGGGACUCAACCGACAAUGAGACGAUUCGUUUGCAGCAGUGGCUCUAUCUACCUUCCACUUCUUAUCAACCCGAUCCACGCAAACUCAUAGUGGACUUCCUGCAAUUCAUGUUGGUUGCAGCUCAGUGGAGAGUAUUCAAGUUGGAGCAGAGACCGAAUAGUGAUAGCUAUGGUGGAGGAAGCAAUUUCCCGGUGCUUAUUGACACCCUUCCAGGACCGAAUGAUCGGGAUUUUAUCAGCACUAAAGAGUCAUACCUGGAUUACCUUCGCCACGCAGUCUUCUACUGGUUUUACUGGCUCAGCCUGGCCAUCGUUUUCGCUACUGGAGUGAGUUGGAUCACCCUCUUCUGUCUGGGCUAUAUGAUCCUCAGUUUUAUUUACCUAUGGAUGGGACAAAAUGUCAUGAUUCGACGACGCGCUAACCUCCUCGCCUCGUAA